GCAGGAUGCAGCUCAGUGUGUGUGUGACUGCAGGCUGAGUAACACACGCUGUCCUCCUCAACACACACACUCCUGAAAACACACUUUAAUUCUACUUUUCUCUCACACACACUCCAUCAUGGAUCUGGACCCGGCAGUCGUCAUCCCGGCGAUCAUUUUCACCGUCGUUGCGAUUUAUUUCGCUUCAACAUACCUGAACAAGAAGCCCACCGCUUCCUCCUCCACAGCCGCGAACAAGAAGCCCAAAGUCGGCUACGGGGACGACAUCCCUCCGUCCAGAGCUCUGGGACAGCAGCUCCGAACCGAGCCUGAAGCCGCCCCGCGGCCACAACCUCCAGCUCCGGCUGAGAAGAUCCAAGUUACGCCUGUCCCAGAGCCAGUAAAAGAACCAGAGCCUGUACCAGAACCAGUCAAAGUACCAGAGCCAGAAGUUGCUCCAGAACCAGUCAAAGUACCAGAGCCUGUACCAGAGCCAGAAGUUGCUCCAGAACCAGUCAAAGUACCAGAGCCUGUACCGGAGCCAGAAGUUGCUCCAGAGCCAGUUAAAGUACCAGAGCCCGUACCAGAACCAGUUGAAGUACCAGAACCAGUCACUGUACCAGAGACUGUGCCAGAACCAGAAGUUGUUCCAGAACCGGUUGCAGCAAAAGAAGUAGCUGCAGUACCAGAACCAAACUCAGAGCCAGAACCUGUACCAGAACCAGCUGCAGUCCCAGAACCUGUAUUGGAACCCGAACCUGUCCCGGAAACAGUUGCAGUGCCUGACCCAGAGCCGGUGAUUGAGUCCAAUCUGGUAUCUGAAGAAGUCGAGCAGCCUAAACCUGUGGAGGGGUCCUUACCGGAGCUUGUCCCUGGAUCUACAGAGGAGCGCCAGCCAACUCCUGAACCUAUUGUAGAGGAGUCAUUUGAGCCUAAACCAGAACCAGAAAUUGUCCUGAGCAAUGAGGAGGCUGCAGCUGAAGAUCAAGUGAAGUUCACUCCUGGAAAGAAACAGAGCAAGUUUGAGACGAUGAUGACGAAGGAAGAGAUCGAGGAGGAGCAGAGGAUAGAGCUUACAUCUGAUUUUACCUCUCUAUAAUCAACCUCAGCAGACACACAGUGUGUUAGGAAGGAUGUGAGUUCCCGAGUGAUCUACACAAGACAACACCUUCAGCUUCUUUCUCGAUUUCCUCACAGCUGAUCAGUGAAGAAGACGAGCGCUGAAGGAAUGAAUCAAGCCAAACUGCUUGUUUUUUUAAUUUAAUUUCUGGGUUUCCGGGCUUUUCUGGCCCGAGCUGCUUGUGAAUAGCAAACGUCUUUACACCAAAGUGCCUUCAGGAAUCUGUGUUUCACCGGUCUGCUCUUUGUGUUGAGGAUUUUCAAGGUGAAGGGGGUGAAUUUGGAGGAGGUGGUGACAUUAACAGAAACGGAGUGUGAAGUUUUUGUGAUUUCAGGACAGAGAGAGGGAGUGUGAUGUUUAAAACUACUAAACUGUGAUUUCAGUGAAGUUUAGUCAAAUAAGAGCAACACUAAACUCUCCGCCUGCUGUUCUUUGGAGAACAACUUUAGUCUAAAAGUCGACAGAAAUCAAACACAAGGGAAACGUGUUCAGUUCUCAGUCGCACGUUUGAGGUUUCGAGUUCUUCUGUUUGAUUUCAGUGUUUAAACAUGCAAUAAAUAAGUAAUUGUGUGAAA